AUGUCGGCUCAAGAAUUUUAUGAAACAUUACAAAAGUAUCAAUCGGGUCCAUUUCGAGUGGAAAAUUUGGAUCGCUUAACACUGACAAAUCGCAAGAUACCGACUUAUUAUCGGGUUCGUACCAUUGGCAAUCAUAUUCGCAUUAUGUACUGGUGGUUUUAUGGCUAUCAGUAUCCAUGUUUCUUAAAUCAAGGUGCGCACAAUGGAGAUUGGGAACAUGUAAUGGUGAUCUUGACAGAAGACCGUACUGCUGUGGCUGCUGUCAGCUUUUAUCAGCAUAGUGGACACUACACUCGAAUUGCUGGUCCGCGCGAUGCUCCAUGUGCCCCAGCCGGUGCUGGACGUUGCUCGGGCUCUUUUGGUUUUGAAAGAAGUGGUACUCAUCCAGUCGUAUAUUCUGGCAAAAUUGCGCACGGUUCUUAUCACGAUAAAAAGACCGUUGGCCUUCCUGGGCCCACCGAGUGUGCGUACUUCGGCGAUUUUCGUAAUCCGAAAUCGAUUGAUGACUAUUUGCAAAGCUGGAAUAAUCUAAUCGAUCUCGAUGGUGAUGAAGAGGCUUGGAUCAUCGCGGAUAGAACUGCCAACUGGGCAUGGGGGCCAGGAGGCAUCACUAACCAUCCAACUAAACGUUUUCCGGAUGAUGCCGAACAUUCUGUUGCCUGUACAGGAAACGUCAACCUUGGCAGAUGUCCUCAACCACCAUUUGGCUUAAUGUGUCGUCGUAUAGCCUGUAUGCCUCAAAUGGUACAAAGAACUUGUACAAAUGAUGGUGGAUGCAAAGAAAAUGAGAAAUGUUGUCAUAUACCAUGUUCAUGUAAGAUAACAUGUGUUGCAGUAUAA